AUGUCCUCCGAAUGGCUCGCAAAGCAGGGCGCAUAUAGCCGCGUCCAGGCCGUCGCGAACAAAGUUGCGGAGCUCAUACGCAAGGGCGACAAGGAGUUCGUGAUCUGCAACUUCGCACCGCCGGAUAUAGUUGGCCUUACGUGCGUGUACGAGGCAGCCGUGGAAGCCAUCUCUGCAACGGACAACGCCAUCACGUCGCGGCGGUUCACAAGCCCUGUGAGGAAGCGGCGGGUAACAUCAGGUUACAUCCUGCUCAUCACGGCGGACAUGGGAACGCAGAUCGGGGACCUGAAGAAACUCAACUUCACUGUCGACAAGAAGGACGGGGAGGAGGAAGGUGCGCUGUGCGAUGUGGCGCCGACCGUGCUUGACAUUACGGGAUGGCCUAAGCCCGAAGGCAAAGAGGACAGGUCGCUCGUUCCUCCCGCACGCCUCGCGCACGAUGAGGUGAACAAGGAAGCAAAUUAGCUAGACUGCCUAGAACGCGUGCUUGACAUAACUGUAAGAAUUAGACGGAGGGAUUUGAACUACGUACACUGCGAAGAGACGAAAUGAUGAUGCUCGAUUUGCUGG